GGCGAUUGAGACGAUAGUGAUGUCGCAGGUUGCGCAGGUUGACGUGGAGAAAAUUCUUGUUGCCGGAAUGUAUUGUGCUAUAGCAAUAGUACAAGCCGAAAUCUGUCCACCGUUCGUGUUGCCAGUUCAGCAAGCAGCAUCACACCAGUGGGCAAGGGAAUUUUUGGACGGCCUUGAAGCCUUGAAAGUUAACACACUUCUUGCUGAUAACGAUAUCGCGAGGCUCUCCACCCAUGCACCUCUGACCGCUGCCAGAGUGAUUACACUGUUCCAGUGUGGCUUCAGCCCAGUGGGAAACACCCGCAGGCAUCAGGAGUACGGAUAUGGCGUUUAGUCAAUUCACAAGAUUUGUUACAGCUCUCGAAGAAGGAAAUGAGCAGGUGUUAUUCCUGUUGGUGGGUUUUCGUGUGGCAAAAUACCUGUCACAUUCACCGAUGGCCAACAACUGCCAGAUGUUGGAACCUGCGACACACUGAUGGAACUGAAGCUUCCAAUGGCAGCGGAAUACAGUUCGUUCAGAAAUAAGUGGUUGUGGGCCCUGUCAUCCUUACCAGAUGGUUUCUGGGUGGUGUAAGUGAAAGUGUGCAAGCUUAGCAAUUCCCAGCGUUUCUGUACAACUGUAAACACGUGUGUGUGUGUGUGUGUGUGUGUGUGUGUGUGUGUGUGUGUGUGUGUGUGUC